UUUUCCCUCUUCUUUUCUCCUUUUUGUAAUUCGUAAGUAAUUUUCCCCUUCUUCUUCAGAAAAGGGAAAUUGGGGAAAUGGCGAUCGAAAUUUAUCGAGCCCUAAGUUAUGGCCUAUCACUGCAGAUUCACUUACACCUGCGGUGGCGCUAGCGGUGAAGGAAUAUGCGCGAUUCAUCUGAUUAAAUGCUGCAUAGAAAAGAGGAAACUAUCACACAGCACUUGCUAUAAUCGAGAAGAAGAAGCAGCAUUGGGGAAAAUGGCGAUGGAGAGAGGUGAGCUGAUUUACAAAAUUUACAGAGCCCUAACUUAUGGAUUAUCGCCGCUGAUUCAGCUGCACCUGCGGUGGCGCAAAUUCCGUGGCCUGGAACAUCCUCUCCGCUGGCGCGAGCGUCUCGGAGUCCCUUCUCUUUCUCGGCCCCCUGGCCCUCUCUUCUGGUUUCACGCUGUCUCCCUUGGUGAAGGAAUGUGUGCGAUUCCUGUGAUUAAAUGCUGCAUAGAGAGGAGGCCUGAUGUAACUGUCUUGAUGACCACAACCACCACAUCAGCAUUUGAGGUAAUAAAGCACCAGCUUCCAAAUAAUGUCCUUUAUCAGUUUUCUCCAGUUGACACUCCUGGCGCCAUUGAUGCUUUCCUUUGUUAUUGGAAGCCAAGUGCAAUCAUGUUAAUGGAAAGUGAACUUUGGCCAAACCUGAUUAUAGGUGCUGCAAAAAAUCAGAUUGCACUUGCAUUGCUUAAUGCUCGAAUAUCUGCAAAAUCUUAUGACAGUUGGUCUCAGCCAUUUGUUAAUUCUCUGACAUCAUUAAUGCUCUCCAAAUUCUUGCUGAUUCUUCCACUGAGUACUACCCAGGCAAUCCGCUUUCAACUGCUGCAGUGUCCACCUUUCAUCAUAAAUUUUUGUGGUGACCUAAAGUAUGCUGUAGGGAACAUUGACACAAAUGAAGGGGAUCAAAGAGCGCUGGAAGAGUUGCAGGUACAGCUUAUGAACAGAAAGGUUUGGAUGGCAUCUUCUAUUCAUAAGGGUGAAGAAAAAGUCAUGUUAGGAGUACACAGCGCUUUAAAGCAAGUACAUCCGGAUAUCAUCACCAUCAUUGUGCCUCGGCAUCCUCAGCAUGGAAAACAAAUUGCUUUGGAAUUGGAGAAAGAUGGAGUAAGGGUAGCAUUACGGUCUCGUCACGAUAAGCUCAUGCCAGGGACAAACAUAUACGUGGUUGACACAUUAGGUGAAUUACAAAAGUUUUACAGACUAACACCAAUUGCUGUGAUUGGAGGUUCAUUUCUACCAGGUUCAGCUGGUCAUAAUAUUUCAGAAGCCGCUGCAGCAGGCUGUGCUAUUUUGACAGGUCCUUAUAUCGGUCAUUUCUCUCAUAUGGCAACACAGAUGCAACGCUUGAAUCCUUUGUCAAUAUUACAGGUUUCUGGAUAUAUUCUUGUUGAAGCUCUCAGCAACCUUCUUAGUGAUGCAAAACUUUUGGAAGAACGCCAAGAAGCUGCUAAGCAAGCUUAUCAUGCUCUAUCUUGUGGGAUCACUAAAAAUGUUUGUUGCUUUUUAGACUUCCACGUUUUUCGGGUUGCACUGGCAAACAAAGGUUUGAUGCUGUGAAUCCCUUUCUUCAGAUCAUUCCCAUCUAUGAUUGGACUGUGUCAUGUUAAAAAAAGCAUUCACGAGUUCCUGCAUCAAUAUCAUGAGAUCUUGAACAGGAAAGAAAAAUGUGAAGAAUGUGAAUGUUGUUCCCUCCUUCCCCUGUAUAUCAGGUUCUCAUCUAUUAAUUUUCAUUAAUGUGAUGAGAAACAUCCCCGGAUCAUUGCACACUAGAUUCAGUCUUGCAAUACCUCAUUAAUAUCUGGUUGUCCCCAGUAUAGAUCACAUUCUCCACUGUUUAUUUUCAUUAAUGUGGUCUUCAUCUAAACAGAAUUCAUUAAUGUGACGAGAAAUGUCCUCGGCCCAUUGCAUGCUAGAUUCUGUCUGGAAGUACCUCAUUAGAUAUCUGGUUGCCCUCUGUUAAUUCCUCAGCUGUAAGCUUGCUUGCCUGAAAUUUCUGCAGGAGCUACUGUAAUGCAUUUCUUUUGAAUCCCACCUACACACUUACUUGGCUAAUACCCUGGACGAGUUGGAUUUCCCUUGCUUCUUUUUUAUAGUUCGCGGCAGUUUAAUAUCUACUUUUUUGCUUUCUCAGAUUGUCCUUAGUGAGAUUUGCCUCCUAAGAUGGUUUAGGAGUAAAGAGCAGCCUAAGAGGACAAGGAUUUUUCAAGGGAGGCCUCGAACGGAAGUGGUAUCAUAAGGUAUCAGUCCAGUGACAACAAUGCUUGAUUUGCUCGAGGUGAUGUUACUGCUGCAAUACUAACUGUUAAGGCAUGUAAGAGGAAUAGCUGCAAUCUCCUGAGUGAGAUUGCUCAAAGAUUGAAAUGAAGAACUUGAUAAUCUGAACGGAGUGCAUUUGCACUUUUGUUGAUUGGACGCGAUUCUUUGAAAUCUCUGGACUAAUUUGCUGACUAAAGUUAUUUACAUCUUGCAUGGCUUCUCCACUACUAUACAUUGGCUUAUUCUCUAGCUGCGUCAAGCAACUUUCUGAGCUUCGCGAUGGUUUCAGCUUCUAUUGGGAUCCAUCUAUACAUCUUUCAUCAGAACUCUAUUCUGGAAUCAGUGCCUCGAAUGCUGACUGUUGUUGCUGUGGUAACAGGUAAAUCCAGUCAUAAUAUUCAUCGUAGAGGCGACCUAGGUGAAAAUUUUCCAGAAAUUUGUUCAGUUCACAAUUUGUUACAGUUAUGACGAACUAUGGCUGGGAAAUGAACAAUGACAACAUUGACUAAUGCUGAGAAGUAUACAGCGUUCGACAUACAAAAUGCAGAUUAAAUUAAGUAGAACUGUGUUUUUUUGGGGUAUAAUCCUGGUAUUGGGGCCAAUUUGUGUGCAUCACUACUAAUUCACGAGUACUUACUACCUUCCACCAGAGCAGUGUUUCUUUGCAUGUCGUUACUUAUUAUUUUGCUUGUGGAAAUGUUUAUCCCUUUGAGAAGUUUCCUUUCUCGUCUUUUAGUUUAACCAUUCGGUAUUCAA